AUGCUCACCAUGACCGGGCAUGCGAAGAAACUCAGUGACUUGGGAAUAGUGAUUCCUAACAGACUGGGGAUUAAUCGUGUCCUUCAAUCACUGCCACCAAGUUACAAGAACUUUGUGAUGAACUACAAUAUGCAGAACAUGAACAAGGAGUUACCUGAACUCUUUGGCAUGCUAAAAGCUGCUGAGAUUGAGAUCAAGAAAGAGCACCAAGUGUUGAUGGUCAACAAGACCACCAGUUUCAAGAAACAGGGCAAGUCUAAGGGAAAAUUCAAGAAGGGUGGCAAGAAAGCUGCCACACCUCCUAUGAAACCUAAGAACGGCCCUAAGCCUGAUGCUGAGUGCUAUUACUGCAAGGAGAAGGGACACUGGAAGCGUAAUUGCUCCAAGUAUCUGGCUGAUCUGAAGAGCGGCCUUGUCAAGAAGAAGAAAGAAGGAACUAAAGAAUAAACGAAGACUACUGAAAGAUGAAGUGACGAUGCGCGUUGGAAAUGGAUCCAAAGUCGAUGUGAUCGCUGUCGGCACACUUCCUCUACAUCUACCUUCGGGAUUAGUUUUAAGCCUAAAUAAUUGUUAUUUUGUACCUGCGUUGAGCAUGAACAUUAUAUCUGGAUCUUGUUUAAUGCA